CGGGCUCCCGCCGCACCGCAUUCACCCGCUGCCCAGGCGAGAGGCGCCGCGCGCUGCCCGCCCAGGACCCCCGAGCGAUGGCCACGCUGAGCCACCCGUCCGCCUUCGGCCGGGCCACGCACGCCGUGGUGCGCUCCCCGCCCGAGUCCCUGUGCCGCCACGCGCUGCGGAGCACGCAGGGCAGCGAGGUGGACUUCGCCCGCGUCGAGCGGCAGCACCAGCUCUACGUGGGCGUGCUGGGCAGCAAGCUGGGGCUGCAGGUGAUGGAGCUGCCGGCCGACGAGAGCCUGCCGGACUGCGCCUUCGUGGAGGACGUGGCCGUGGUGUGCGAGGAGACGGCCCUGCUCACCCGGCCCGGGGCGCCCAGCCGCAGGAAGGAGGUUGAUAUGAUGAAGGAAGCAUUAGAAAAACUUCAGAUCAAUAUAGUAGAAAUGAAAGAUGAAAAUGCAACAUUGGAUGGUGGAGAUGUCUUAUUCACAGGCAGAGAAUUUUUUGUGGGACUUUCCAAAAGGACCAAUCAACGAGGUGCUGAAAUAUUGGCUGAUACCUUUAAGGACUAUGCAGUCUCCACAGUACCCGUAAUUGACGCUUUGCAUUUGAAGAGUUUCUGCAGCAUGGCUGGGCCUAAUUUAAUUGCAAUUGGAUCCAGUGAAUCUGCACAAAAGGCUCUCAAGAUUAUGCAACAGAUGAGUGACCAUCGCUACGACAAACUCACCGUGCCUGAUGACAUGGCUGCAAACUGUAUAUAUUUAAAUAUUCCCAGCAAAGGCCAUGUCCUGCUACACAGAACCCCAGAAGAGUAUCCAGAAAGUGUAAAGGUUUUUGAAAAGCUGAAGGACCAUAUGCUUAUACCCGUGAGCAAUUCUGAACUGGAAAAGGUGGAUGGGCUGCUCACAUGCAGCUCAAUUUUAAUUAACAAGAAGGUGGACUCCUGAGUUGCAGUACCUUCCUGUAGCUGGCAGGACUGCACUCACCAGGUCAAUAACUCUACCCACUCCUGUUGUUUUUGUUGACAAUCUACUGUGCCACUGUGCUACUAACUGGUUUACAAGUUUCAUUCUCUAUUUAAUUCCUUUCUUCUAUACCUCCCUUUCUCCCCUGGAGUUUGUACCUAAGCUAUGAGUUUGUUGUAGGAAUUCAGCAAUGUAGAUAAUAGAGAGCUAAUGAAUUAUUGAAAUGUGAUUAAUAAUAGUAAGGAAACACUCGUUUCCAAGUCUAUCUUAAUGUGAAGAUCCUUUAGUUGCCAGACUAUUCUGAAAUGUCUCCUUGAUCAGUCAGAUUAGCUGGGGCUUCUUUCUCUGUUUCAUUAGUUAUCAUUGGUUCCUGGAAAAUUCCUUGGCCCAUGAAUCUUCACUCAUUCUCUCUUAUUCCCUUCUAAAACAUUUCCUCCUGUUCUUUUCCUUUUGCCUUUCCUACUUCUAUCAAAUCACCUUAAUCUUGGAUAAAACCAAGGUUCUUGCCUUGUGGAUACCUUUCUGUGGGUCCACCCUGUCUUCAUCAGUCCCCUUUGCCUCACAGAGACAUCUUUAUCACCACUCUCACUCUUCCUCAGAGAGGCAAAUAACCCCUCAGAAGAACCAGGACUAAAGUCAGAGCAGUUUUAAGGGGAGAGUUGAGUUACACAGAAGCCCAUGCUGAUGGGAUUCACCCCAAGAUCUAAAUUUUAGAAGAAAUAGUUACCACCUCCAAGAAGAUAAAUUCAUGAUGAUAACUUAUUUAUGUAGGGGACCAGACAUCAAAAAACUUGAAUUCACCCCCUUAGGUACGCCAUCUUAGAUUUUGUCACAUUUCAAACCUUUUGCUUCAUCGUUAGUCAUAUACAGAAUUUUGAGAGGACACAAUUCUUUUUCUUCAGCUCACUUUUAUUCUUCUCCCUACUCUUACAAUAUGAUCCACCCAAUUUCCAACCUUCUAUCCCCUACAGUUAAUCUGGUCUAACAAAAUUAUUUUAUUUCAAAAGAUACAUGUCAAAAAAUGAUUAUUGAUGGCCUAAUAUGAAUCAAAUGGAACAUGUUUGAGAAAUGAUUGACUUGGUGCUUGAAACCAGCUGUAGACAAUGAACAGUUCUGCUUUGAAACAUUCAUGAGUAUUUCUUGUGGAAUUCAAUUAAACCUUAUUUUUCCUUCUCCUGUCUUCACAUUCCAGAACUCUUAAACUAAUACAGUUCUUACAAAGAAGAAUGAUGCCAUCAAAGAAGUGAUCAUUGUCUUUGACUUAAACUUGAAAAAACUCAUCUUUUUUCACAUGGAAUGGUACUUUCCAAUGAAUAAAACUGAUCCAGACAUGUUAUCAAA